AUGGGGUUGAGUGGAGGAUUAUCGUCACUCCCUCCAAAGUCCAAUCUUCAUAAUUUGCAGGCUUCCACUUUCGGAGAGAGAGAAUUAGAAUUAGGGUUUGCACUUGCAGUGAUAAGCAACUCCAUGGCUCUGUUGCCAUUUAAUCACCCUUCUUGCACUCUUCCCUCACCACCACCACAAUCUUCUUCUUCUUCUUCUUCUUCUCCUUCUUGUCUUAUUAGAUAUAAUUUGCCCUCCAGUUCUCCAGUAUUUACAAGUUCUGCCCUCCUCCGCCCUCUCCGUUGGUGCUCAAACCACCACCAGCUCCGGUCUCUGACGCCGGUGAAGGUGACAGGCAGCCUCUCCUCCGCCGUGGAAACUUCAGGUUCAGGCAAUAGCAGUCAAGUUGAGGAAGGAGAGAAGAAGCUGCUACUCCAAGUCAAGGAUUUAACGGCGGUGAUUGCCGAAUCGAAACAGGAGAUUCUCAAGGGCGUUAACCUCACCGUCUACCAAGGAGAGGUUCAUGCCAUAAUGGGAAAGAAUGGUUCAGGGAAGAGCACUUUUGCCAAGGUUCUGGCUGGGCAUCCGGAAUACGAAGUUACAGGAGGCAGUGUGGUGUUUAAAGGGGAAAACUUGCUGGAAAUGGCAGCAGAAGACCGGUCACUUUCUGGGCUUUUUAUGAGUUUCCAGUCUCCAGUUGAGAUCCCUGGUGUCACCAACAUUGAUUUUCUCAACAUGGCUUACAAUGCCCGCAGAAAAAAAUUAGGACUGCCUGAGCUUGGACCAAUUGAGUUCUAUGCUUAUAUCUUUCCCAAACUUGAUCUUGUGAACAUGAAGACCGACUUCCUCAAUAGAAAUGUUAAUGAAGGCUUUAGUGGAGGUGAAAAGAAGCGCAAUGAGAUUUUACAACUGGCGGUUUUGGGGGCAGAAUUGGCUAUAUUAGAUGAAAUUGAUUCUGGGUUGGAUGUUGAUGCACUUCGAGAUGUAGCAAAGGCAGUGAAUGGGUUACUGACUCCACGAAAUUCUGUAUUGAUGAUUACUCAUUAUCUACGACUUCUAGAAUUUAUAAAGCCAACAUGCAUCCAUAUCAUGGAGGAUGGGAAAAUUGUGAAGACAGGCAACAUCUCCUUAGCAGAGGUACUAGAAAAGGAAGGGUACAAAGCAAUUUCUGCAGCAUAA